AUGCAACUGAAGAGUGAACGUUUGCAUUCUGGAUCACCCUCUGUUUACAAAAUCCCAUUGCAGGAGGUAGAUAUAGAUUUACAAGACUGCAAGAAGUAUGUCUUUGGCAAAGACAACAAGAGAGACAAUCGGACCAUCAUGGUCCUUGGGGCAACAGGAGCAGGAAAGUCAACCCUGAUUAACGGGAUGAUCAACUACAUCUUGGGUGUGAAAUGGGAAGAUGGGUUCCGCUUCAAAUUAAUUGAUGAAGGGAAAUCAAAAUCCCAGGCAGAGAGCCAGACGUCCCUUGUGACUGCCUACGAGAUCAAUUAUCAAGAUGGAUUUGAGAUCAGCUACUCUGUCACCAUCAUUGAUACCCCAGGUUUUGGUGACACUCGAGGGAUAGACAGAGACAGACAGAUCACUGACCAGAUUCGAACAUUUUUUACCUCCUGCAAGGGCAUCAGUGAGAUUGACGCAGUGUGUUUUGUAACUCAGGCUUCUCUUGCUCGAUUAACACAUGCACAGAAAUAUGUGUUUGACGCUGUUCUCUCUAUUUUUGGAAAAGAUAUAGCAGACAACAUUCAGAUGCUGGUGACAUUUGCAGAUGGACAGCGUCCCCCUGUCCUUGAAGCGAUCAAUGUUUCUGGGGUGCCGUGCCCCAAAAAAAAUGGAAUUCCCGUUCACUUUAAGUUCAACAAUUCUGCUCUGUUUGCAGAAAAUGACAUUUGUGCUAACACCAAUGAGGAUGAAGCUGAUGAUGACUGUGAUGAUAACUUCGAUAAAAUGUUCUGGCGCAUGGGCAUGAAGAGCAUGAAGCACUUCUUUACUGCCCUAACUAAGAUGGACACCAAGAGUUUAAUGUUAACAAGAGAAGUGCUCAAAGAGCGCAAACAGCUCGAAACAGCAAUUGUAGGCCUGCAGCCACAGGUACGAGCGGGUUUGGCAAAAUUGGAUGAAAUAAAGAGGACUCAGCAAAUCAUUCAGGAGCAUGAAGCGGAGAUAAGCACUAAUGAGAAGUUUGAGUUUGAGGUUGAGGUGGUGAAGCCAGUUCAGAUUUCCAUUCAAGGCACAGGAAAUUACAUAACCAACUGUCAGCAGUGUUUUAUUACCUGCCACUAUCCCUGUGGCAUACCAAAUGAUAAUGGUAAAAGAGGAUGUAUUGCAAUAGGAUGGGAUGGCCAGUGCAAAGUUUGUUCUGGAAAAUGUCACUGGAGUGUGCACUUCAACCAAAAGUACAGAUGGGAGUACGAAAAAGUGAAAGAGAAAAGAACAUCUGCAGAGCUCAAGGCAAAGUACGAGAAAGCGUAUGGCGCCAAAUUGUCCGCACAAGAAAUAAUCGAAAAACAAGGAGAGGAAAUUCUGCAGCUUCAGAAAGCAGUACUAGAGCUGUUGGAUACCUCCUCUCAAUGUUUAGCACGGCUAAAGGAAAUUGCCUUAAAGCCCAACCCACUCUCUACACCAGAAUACAUCAACCUCCUCAUUGAAGGUGAAAAAGCAGAAGCCAAAGAGGGGUAUUUGCUUCGUAUUAAAUCUCUGGAAGCUAUGAAAGAUCAAGCAGUGAUUAUAUCAAAGGUCGCCAAGAAAAAAAUACCCUUGCCAGAUGACACAGAGGUGUCUAAUGAACAAAUGGAGGGUGGAACCAUGAAAUGGAAAAAACCCAAAACUACAUUCGAGAAAUUUAAAUCUUUUUUCUUUGAUUAG